UAUAUAUUGGAGCAUCUACAACUAUACACAAUGCGUUCCGUUCCCCGGGGAACGUAAUACGUUAAUAAUAUUAUACUAUAAUGAAUAUAUCUAUAGACAUCAAUCUAUAUAAAAGGUAAAGGGAGAUCACGAUAUAUAAUAGUAUAUAGCAUCGAGUAGAAUCCAAACAUGGGCUAAUUCAGAGCGUAAUCAUAAAUUUCAUUUGAAUUAGUGAAAAACUUGAAAGGGCAUCUAUGAAUCAUAGGUCAUAUAGGACUGAUAGGCACGCAGUUCGCCUGUAUAAGUAUUAUUUAUUUAUUUAAAAAUUACACGUGCUAAAAAGCCCUUUACAAUAUGAAAGGAAAUUAUGCGUAAAACUAAAACGCUACAAAGUAUUAGUCGAGAAUAGAGGCCAUAGUGAAAUAAAGGAAGCUAUUGCAGCGUCUGAUGAUGGUUGAACCAUCAGAAGCUGCCGUUAAAAUUCUUGUGACAAUUCACUUGCAAGAAAAGCCCUUGGUUCGUUAAUCGUUAGUUGGCUAUAUAAGGUUAAGAAAUUCCCGCCAUCAAUUUUAAGAUUUAUAUCUAAGAAAAUAUAACAUUUAAUAAGUACUGGAACGUGGAGAAACAAGACAAAACAUAUUCUUGAUUUUCAAAUAAAAACACAAGUGACAUAAUGAAGUUGACGUGCAAUGUAGAGGUCUACAACAGGUUGGCAAAUCUUGCACCAAAUAUUGCAAGAAGAAAGCCUCAACGAUCAUGUUUGGCUAUUGGAAGGCAAUCUGUAAAAAAUCAAGAGAUUCAUUUGUUAUUGCAAACUCCCACGAAUAAAAAUGGAACCAAGUACAAGGUUGACAAUAAUAUAGAAAAAGUUUUCACAAGAUGCAUAAAUGAAGGAAAAGCAACAAUAAGACUCAAAGAACCACCUCAUGACAUAAACAUAAGCUGUGAUCCAAUACAACUAAAAAGUUUUCUUCACGUAUUAAAGCUGGGACUUUCCAAGAAACUUGAUCCAGCAGUUUUGACUUUGUCAAAUCUUAAUCCAAAACCUAUCAAAGCUCCUCCAAAAACUAAAAUUGUUAUCAAGCAAACUUCAGAAUAUCCAGUACUCCAGGGAUUUCCAAGGACAACCGAAGAACUCUGUCUUGCAGGUCUGCAGAGAAAAUCCUUUGAUCGUCAAAUUUUGAAAUUACAAAGUUUGAGGAUUUUAAAUUUAUCAGACAAUAAUAUAACAAGUCUACCUCGAGAAUUGGGAACACUUGCAAAAUUGCAGGAAUUAAACGUUUCGGGCAAUCAAUUGGGAAAAGGUCCAAUUUCUAAAUGGUCGUGGCUCAGUUGUAGCAAUAUAGCCAAGAAUUUACGUUUGUUGAAUUUAAGCAAUAACCAGAUGUCUCAAGUUCCUGAACAGAUCAAUAAACUGGGUGGUUUAGUGACAUUGUAUCUGGACAACAAUUUAUUCUCUUAUUUACCCCCUGGUAUUGGGAGUUUAAACAGACUGAAAUUUCUAUAUUUAGCAAAAAAUAAUCUUUCUCAUUUGCCAGGAAGUAUGAGAAAUCUAAGACUCUUUGAAUUGAAUGUGUGUGACAAUAAGUUUGAUAAUAAUGCCAACAAAACAUUGUCUGUUUGUAACAUAAAAGUACCCAGUCUUGUAGAUUGGGCUGCCCGAGUAGUUCUCCAGUCAAGAACAUUUUAUGAUGCAAGUAUAAUUCCAUACACCUUGAUCCAGUAUUUGGAUAAAGCAAAAUACUGCAUGUGUGGAGCACCAUGUUUUGAUUGUUUUAUUAGAAGAUUCAUGUCCAUGAAUUUAUCCCUCAUUACACAAAGUUUCAAAUUUUCUGGCACCGCAGGAAAUGAUAUUCUUUUUGACUGUUACUUCUGCUCUAUUAGAUGUGUUAGGAAAUUUAAGGGUUUUUGAAAAACUAGAUUAUUUUUCUUGACACUUUAUUUUAUAGCUAUAAUUUAUUGUGUGAUAAUCGAUGCAAGUUUUCAAGCAUAAAGUGAUAGAAUAAUAUUAGUUGUAAAUAUAAUAGCUUAAACAAAUAAUUUGUAUACUAGGACUAUUUUUGUAAUAUAUUUGAUAUUUAAUAAUAAAAUAAGUUGAUCGUUUGAUAAAAGUUA